GUUAGGACCUUCCUGUUUAGACUGCUGGACUUGGCAGAUCCAGCUAUCGUAACUCCCCAGCCCAGCCUCUACUCCUCUAUGAUGCCUCUGGGAUUGGGAAGAAGGAAGAAGGCGUCCCCGUUGGUUGAGAAUGAGGAAGCCGAGCCCAUUCGCGCCGGCCUCAACGUGGAGGGGAUGGAUGGAGGGGUGGUUGGACUGGGAGAGGGGGCUGCCUCUGAAGGGCUCCCUCCUCCACCAAACAGCAUGCGACCUCGACUGAUCUUCCACACCCAGCUCGCUCAUGGCAGCCCCACAGGUCGGAUUGAGGGCUUUAGUAAUGUGCGUGAGCUUUAUGCUAAGAUUGGAGAAGCCUUUGGGAUUCCACCGUCUGAGGUUAUGUUUUGCACACUGAACACUCACAAGGUGGAUAUGGAUAAACUUUUGGGAGGUCAGAUAGGUCUGGAAGACUUUAUAUUUGCUCACAUUAAAGGCCAGCGAAAAGAAAUAGACGUGUUUAAAGGUGAAGAUGCUCUAGGGUUGACAAUCACUGAUAAUGGAGCUGGUUAUGCUUUCAUCAAGAGAAUCAGAGAGGGCAGCAUCAUUCAUCAAAUCCAGGUCAUUAACGUGGGAGACAUGAUCGAGUCCAUCAACGGUCAUCGCCUUAUCGGCUGUAGACACUAUGAAGUUGCCAAAAUGCUGAAGGAGCUCCCCAAAGGAAAGGAGUUCACCAUUAAGCUUGUGGAGCCUCUCAAAGCCUUCGACAUGAUCAGCCAAAGGUCUGGAGGCUCCAGGUCGGCAUCAGGGGUUCAGCUGGGCACCGGCAGAGGAACCCUACGCCUGCGCUCCAAAGGGCCCGCAACAGUGGAGGAGCUGCCGUCUGCAUUUGAGGAAAAGGCCAUUGAGAAGGUGGACGACCUACUAGAGAGCUAUAUGGGCAUCAGAGACAGCGAGCUGGCGGCCACCAUGGUGGAGCUGGGAAAGGACAAGAAGAACCCAGACGAGUUUGCCGAAGCGUUGGACGAAACCCUGGGAGAUUUUGCCUUCCCAGACGAAUUUGUGUUCGACGUCUGGGGCGCCAUCGGAGACGCUAAAGUUGGGCGGGUACGGCCCCAUCUGUCGCUACGGGGACCCACCAUGGCGCUGCGCCCCCGAGCUUCCUCCCAGCCGGGAAAACUUUCCCUCCUCCAGAUUCCCAAGGCGGCGUCCUCCCUGCGGCCGCGGGCGGUGUCCUCGCGCUCCGGCUCCGUGCUGGAGGAGGAGCUCACCUGCUCCGUUUGCUGCGAGAUCUUCCGGGAGCCCGUGGUGCUCAAGUGCAGCCACAGCUUCUGCCGGGCCUGCCUGCAGCAGUUCUGGAACAAGAAAAAGGCCAGGCGCGAGUGUCCCAUCUGCAGGAGGAAGUGCUCCCUGACGGAGCCCACCGUCAGCCUGGCCCUGAAGAACGUGGCCGACACCUUCCUGAGGGAGCAGGACCACGAGCGGCGGCGGGCCGCGGCAGGGACGGGGGCCGGGGGCACCGGGGAGGAGGCGGAGGUGGAGGAGGAGAAAUGCGCCACACAUGGUGAAGCUCUCAAACUGUUCUGUAUGGAUGACUUUGAAGUUAUUUGCUGUGUGUGUCACACCUCCAAGAAGCACCAGGGACACCGAGUGUGUCCAGUGGAGGAAGGAGCCCAGGAUCUGAAGGCGGAGCUCAAGAAAGAAGUGAUUCCUCUAAAGAAAACCCUGCGUCACCUUUACGAAGCCAAGCAGGAGUGUGAUGACACAACUGUGCACAUCAAGAACCAAACGCAGGCCGCAGAGAAGCAGAUCAGAGAGGAGUUUGAGCAGCUUCGGGAGUUUCUCCUCAAGGAGGAAGAAAUGCGUCUGGCUGACUUGCAAAAGGAGGAUGAGGAGAAGAACGAGCUUGUGAGAAAAAAGUCUGAGAGCAUCAUCAGGGACAUCCUCACAUUCUCUCAUGCCGUCAUCGCUGUGGAGAAUGAGAUUGCAUCCAGGAAUGUUUUGUUCCUUCAGAAUUAUACCAACACCAAGAAAAGAGCACAGAUCCCACAGAAGGAUCCCGGAAAAGUGUCAGGUGCUCUUAUAAAUGUCGCCAAGCAUGUGAGCUCCCUGAAGUACCACGUGUGGGAAAAGAUGGUGGAUCUGGUCCAGUACACACCCAUCACCCUGGACCCCAACACGGCCUACUCCUGGCUGUCCCUUUCCCCAGACCUGACGAGUGUGGCCAACGGCGGAUCCCUGCACAAGCUGCCAGACAACCCGGAGCGUUUUGGCCAUUUCGUGUUUGUGCUCGGCUCUGAGGGCUUCACCUCCGGCCGCCACGCCUGGGAGGUGGAGGUCGGCAACAAGGACGACUGGAUGCUUGGCGUGGUCAAAGGCUCCAUCGACAGAAAGGGCCGCAUCUCGGGCUGUCCCGAGGGGGGCUUCUGGAUGAUCUCUCACUGUGAGGGAGAGUACUCGGCCAUGACCAGACCCAGCACCGCGCUGCCUCUGCAGGGCCGGCUGACUCGAGUCAGGGUGCAGCUGGACUUUGAGUGUGGGGAAGUGUCCUUCUCCAACCCCGUGAACAUGACGCCUAUCUACACCUUCAACGACUUCUUCACCGAGAAGAUGUACCCCUUCUUCUGCCCCGGCGCCAACAUUAACGGGAACAACCCUGAACCCCUCAGAAUCUGCCCUGCCAAGGUAGCGGUGUGGAACAGUACCACCUGGUGAUUCCAAAUGACCUCACAGAGGGAAUGAUUACUUUCCAGACCAAAUAAACAUAGAUCCAGGUGUGAGUGUAAAACUAGCAUGGCUCAAACAAAAUAAUCAUGAAUGAUCAACUGGAUCAUUAAGUGACUGACAACAUUCUGUGAAAUAAUGAGAAUGAGUGGCUCUUAAAAGCAACAAGAGGUGGUUGUGCUGCAGCAGGGCAGAAAAAGCUCCUCUCUGUCUGUCUGAGACCAAGAGCCACCUCCUCCUGAGCACCAGUCUCCCCCUGGUGGCUGUAAAUCAACAACACACACCCACACACACACCUGCCCAGACACACACACACACACGCACAUAUAUAUGGAUUGAAUUUACUCUCAAAUUGAAAUUGCACAACUAAAUCAUAUUGAAUUUUUUUUCUUGUCUCAUCAGAACACCAACUCUGUUUAUUUCCUAUUUCAGAAACUACACAGUAAUUCCCAAACAUUCCUCCAUUGUCUCGCAUGUGAUAAAUAAUACAAAGAAUACAUCUCAUACAAAUGUUGACAUCAUGCUUCUGUACGAAUAAACUAUCCUUGAUUGUUGACUUCUUUUCCACAAC